AUGAUAGGAUCUUGCGCCUUUACGUUUACUGUGGGUAUCUUAGUUGCUCACUUCAUAUAUCCAGCGUAUAACAGGCAGGACAAAACAGGUAAAAUCUAUAUUGCUGUGUUUUCCCCGCUGAUUACGGUUGUUUUGAAAGGUUCAUCACGCCUUUGUGUGCAGCGUUUAUGGAGAAUAAGUCAUCCCGGAAGGUCAUUUCUGUUGCUUGUGCCUCUCUAUUAUGGGUCGGCCGUCAUGUUAAGAGUUUUGCAAGUGGAUCUGAAUACUUUAAAAUCCGUGGCUUUGAUCGGAAUAAUCCAUGGUAUUGCAGAGGUUAUAGAAAGAAGCGUCAUUGUAUUAAUUGACUACAUUUACCAUCAGAUUUAUGAAAGACAAUGCAGUUCUUGGAGAAGUUUUCGCACUCCUCGACGUGAGAGACUGGCGACAGAUGUCGCCAUAUUGAGUAUGCUGUGUGAGGCGAGCGCUGUUAUCUCCGUGAACGGCUUUCUUCACUUGCAUGAAUAUUUUUAUACGGACGGCAAAACAGCACUGGAAUUACUUCAGUCGUUUGCGAUCACUAGAGCAGUUCCACUGGUUAUAGAGUGGUUCUUCACGUGUUUAAGUAUAGCUAUCGAGACUCGGUAUCAGAACAGGCCUAUUAUGGCAGUUUGGCGAAGGCAAUGGAAAAGGCACUUACUUGUUGCAAUUGUGAAUGCAUUGCCGAUAGCGAUUUGGACAAGCACAAGCCUGUUGAUCGCUAUAAAGGGAAGAUUCCCCAAAGAGAGAGACUACUGUGAAUUACCAUUUACUCGUCCUUAAGAGCGACUUUCUGUAAAUACCACGGAUAGGUGUGCAAGAUGGAAAGAUCGAAAUCUCCCAAACUUUGUCACAUUAAAGCCCUUAUGAAACUAUUUUAGAAAAUACAAGAUUCAGUUUCUUGUGAUUGAUAUUUUCCAAAAUAAUAAGUUUCUUGAAAUUUCACCUCCGAGAGGCCCUCGAACCACCGAAAAAUGCGCUUCGCAUCCUCGCUUUGUGAAUUGAAACAGAAACAAAUACCACGACUAUUGCGAUAUAAGAUGAUCUUAUGACCCUUCCUUUGUAUGAAAACGUUGUUAUAAUUUCAAACGAUCUCAGUCUGAAUUUUUAAUUAUUUUUCAAAAUCACCCUCUUAAACAGUUUUAUCGCGACUAUCAAUUUUGCCAUUUUUCAACGGCAAAAAACCCUUCCUGGUAUAUGGCUUUCGUUCUGCAAAUGCUAUUCCAGAGAAAGAGCAAUCCUUCUUCUUUCAAUUUAUGAAAUAAAGUUUUGGGGCAAUUCAAACGGCAAGUUUUGAGAACUGAAAACAUUAACGGUACUUGCGUGAAAUUUACAACUUUUGAACUUGCGGUUGUAAUGACGAAUACAAGAGUAAAGUUGGACCGCAGUUGCAAUUUUACUAAUAAUGCGGCCUUUUUCCUUAGCUAUUAAAAGAAGACUGGUUACUUUUUAUUGUGUACUGUCUUUCCUUCAGUUUACGCCGAAAAGUUCCUUCCUUCUUUUUAGAAAUAUAUUCCAGACGCGUCGAUACAUUUUUGUUUACUUUCUCAUCGGGGAAUGUAAAUACCCGAUCUCUGUUCUAAUUCGUAUUCAAUCUACAAACUUAUAACCGCUUCAUAAUUAAUUAUAACACAAACUAAUACAGCCAAUAAAACCAAUAAGAAAGAUUUUCUUCGUGUUUGAAAGAUUUAUGUUUGACUGAAGUAGUAUUAAAAUUGCCAAUGUACCUUGGCACGUGCAUUACGUCAGGAAGCGAUGGCGAGCCAUCGUGGCUCAGUGUACGACAAUUUCAUUUUCCACCGCGAACGUGAGAACAUUAUACAAUGAAGUCUUAACGGAUCUUCGCUUGUAGUUUCGCUUGAUGUUUUAUAUUUCCAUUCGUGUAAGUGAAUAGUUAAAGUGAGUAGUUAAUGGCUACCUGUAGUUAUUCGAAACUCGUUGGAGGGGCGUGUGGUCCAAGUGUUUCCAAUCCUGCAAAUGUUGAGUGCGCUUUAAUUGGAGAAUGUGGUAAGGAUAUUCAAGGCCAUCUGAAGCUCACAAAUGUAAGGACUCUACCUUGGAUGAAGCAAGGUUACUCUUGGCCAGAGCAGGUCAGUGUUUUCUUCUGCUGUAAUUCUGUGUCAGAUUUGUGGCGCCAAAAUAUCGCGUAAAGUCGAAAACUGCUAGGGGGGGGGGGGGUACUCAUCAAAGUGUUGUACGAGGAGGCCCGACGUCUUGUCCUUACCUUUUGAUACGCCAAUUUUGAUAAAAAUGUACCUCUGCGCUGCACCUCUCAAGGAAAUAUUAAAUAAAACUAAAUUAAACUUAAUGACAGAUUUCCUUAGCCGUUCACUACUUUCAUCUUGAACUUGUGAGACCCCUAAUCCCUAAAGCGUUUGAAAAGGCUACCCCUUUCGGGUGGAGCCUCCCCGCAUAGAAAGCACCAUAGAAUACUGGGUGCUUUCAAACAAUUGUUCAUCGCAACAAUUCCCUGUAACUAGAGAUGACGUGAUGAGCGUAAAGUCCUUUACGUAUAAGUACUGGCACACUCUUUCCCGACGAAAAGAACCGAAAGCAUCUCACUUUUACACCGGCGUUAUACAAUAACGUUUUGAUCAUACAAAAAACUGCAAAACUAGUUUAGAAGUCAACCUAACAGCCCUGGGGACGAGGUUGGUUGAGAUGUCGCUUACGAAGGGCCUAGGUGGGACAAAUUUCCUGCCUCCCCUAGAGUCUCCCAGGGGUUUGGACCGGUGGCGGACAACCGAACAUGGUGUCAUAGGCUCCUGACAUGACCAAGGGGACCAAUUUGCACUGGGGAGCAAAAUAAUAAUGUGCGCGCGUAUGAUGUCAGAAACACACGCCGAAGCAUCCAACAAUACAAUUUUACUCCGCAUCAUUGCCCGCUAUGCUGUUGCGACAAAUCCUAGGGAUCUAGGACUAACUCUAUGCCUAACCAAACUUUACCCUGGCCCUAGCCAAGCGGUUAAGUAAACAUUAAAAUAUCUUUUGCAAGGUUGCUUUGAAAUGGAUGAGGUGCAUUUGAACACAACGAUAUGUCCUCGUCACCGGGACCUUUGGGAAAUAAGAUGGCGUAACUGAACAAGAAGAACUAUUCUUGUCCAGACAAGUGGAAACAGCAUGAAAAGAACCAGAAAGGAGAUCGAGGGAUAAACAUGGCUCAGUCGAGAAACCUGUAUAUCCAGACUCAAAUUAUAUUGCCCGUGGGUUCUCGUAAGUACUACUGCUAUGAUCCACGCGACGUUUAGGCUGUAAUAACCUGUCCAACAAUUUUAAAGAAGAAUCACUUUUUCAUCGUGUUCUAAUAAAUGUUUUAAGACUGCUGAUGCAUGCCGUUAGUGCAAUUGAAUGAUUUCUUUUAUUUCUUUUCUCACAAAAUUCUUUCUUGUUUUUUUUUUUAAAUUAAUUGUCGAGGAGAAAUUUGGAGUAGGCAAUUCUAGACUAUUAUCUAUACUGGUUAAGGCUAAAUAAUGACAGACAGUUAAUCUGUUUAUUCCAAUGUUAACUAUAUGCAAACAAUGUCGAACAAGACUAAGCAUUCAAAGGGAAGACGAUGAGGUAACAUUAACAGCGCCUAAAUCCCAAGAUGAAACACGUGGAGACAAGGAUUGCGAAGAGCCAGAAUCCACUUCCUCAAGUCCAGGAGAGCCGCGACUUGACGUUGUAAGUUAAAUUAUACCAGGGUCAAGUUGUGCGGUUAAAAGAACGAUAUAUCUAGGCUAACUUAACAGUCGGUAUAUUAUAGUUGCUUUUCAAAUCUCGGGUGUGGAACUGAAGGGACCGGGAAGCUCAGAAAAAAAGCAAAAACAAAACAAAGCAAGAAAAAAGCAAAAAAACAUUUGUAGCCUCAAACUAGCGGCACGAAAAAACAACUUUUAAAUUUAACAAUUUUUUUUAUCAAAGUGCGGACUUCUCUCCAGAAGAACGUGUUAGAGGACUCACUAGAAAGCUGAGUCAAGUCAAUGCCCGGUAACAACUAAGGUUCUUCCACAAGGGUGGGCUUUAAGAUCCGCUAGAAAGGCAACACGGUUUAGUGAUUCCCAGUGACAGUACUUAGACGGGAAAUUUAACGUCGGGCAAGCAACAGGAGUGAAACUUGAUCCUGUGGAUGUUGCACGUGACAUGCGUUACGCGCGAAACCAGGAAGGGGAAAAGCUGUUCACUGUAAGUGAAUUUUUGACCGAACAGCAAAUUCAGUCAUACUUUUCAAGACGAGCCUCUAAACUCCGGCAUUCUCAUUCAGAAGAUCCAGAAUCUGAUCAAGACGAGGAUAUUAUGGCCGCUGAAGAGGAUAUCGCGCACGAAAAUGUUCGCGCAGUUGUGUUAGAGGAGGUGGGAAUAAGGCACCCAAUUGUUUUCGACACUUUCAACCUAUGUGACAUGCACAAGGCAGGUAAACUGCGACACCUAAGUGUUUCCAUGCUGCGUUCCAUUUGCGAACAUUUUGACAUCGAAGUGAUGAACAUCAAAGGACGACGCAAAGCUCCUUACUUGUCUCUACUUGGGGAACUUCGCGUGGCAUGCAGUUGUCAUAACAGUUAGGGUCUGUACCGACUAAUCAAAUUAACAUUCCAGCCUCAACAUUCUUUGAUUUUACUUUCCAAAGAAAAAAACUGAUAAGUGGCGGGAAAUCAGGCCUACGACUUUUAUCAACUUUGUAUAUUUCUACUGCAGUAUCGAACAUUAUUCCUGAUGCCCCAGUUAUGGUAUGAUGCUCAAAAUUGUGCCUGCCAGGAUCCCUUCCCGGAAAAUUCCUUCAGAUCCUUAUUCCAUCACUUAUUUCUUCCCAGGCGUUCAUUCAUUUGUACAGGGUUAACCUCGAUCAAAGGUAAAUAUAUAUAUUCACAAAUUCCAGUCAGAAGAAGACUUGUAUACAACUGUUUCUAUUGUUUUAUACUGAAAUUCCGGCACCUUCUAGCUGGUAUUUGUGAAUAUUUUACUUUAGGCCGACGCUAACCCUGUAUAAAUGAGUCUUCAGUGCUUCUAUUCAGCGGCCGCGAUUAAUUCGAAACUGCACUAUUUUGUGCCAGGCAAUAAGUAACUACUGGGAGGGGGAGGGGUUGGGAUUUGGGGAUUUUUUUAAAUUCCCAACAAGAGAUCGGCUCCUGCUCUCAAGUUUAUUAUUAUUAUUUUUAUUGGAAAGCCUACACAGCUUUUUCUUAGCGAUUAUGGCUCAGAAUGCAUUGUCAAUCAGAAGUACUGGGGAACGUUUUGUCUGCCUUGGACCCAACCCCAACCCCAACCCCCACCCCUUCUUACUUGUUCUAGUCAAAGAGAAUGUCACGCAAUCUAAUUUAGCUGCGGGGCUUUGGUCUUUUUUCAAAAAUAUAUAUAUUCGAGGUGAGUAAAUGUUUGUCUUAUUCUUCCGUCUUUGCUUUUACGAUUUCUUUCAGACGAAAUGCGAACAUUUUGAUGCAUACUUUUUAUUUAUAGAAUAUUACGAUAAUGACUGGCACAAGUCGUCAGGCUUCAAAGUAAACAAAUACGCACGUACGGGAAGUGUUGUCAAGAUGUUUACAGCUCAAUUUCGCACAAUAAAAAUGCUGUUCCUUUCGGAUAAUUGCCACUAUGAAGUCAAUAAUCGUUUGUUUAGUUUUUGAACUGGUGGAAAAGGAUCAAAUUCGCGAAGAAUUUAAACUGCUGUCCAACUUUACUCUUGUAUUCGUCAUUACAACCGCAAGUUCAAAAGUUGUAAAUUUCACGCAAGUACCGUUAAUGUUUUCAGUUCUCAAAACUUGCCGUUUGAAUUGCCCCAAAAUUUUAUUUCAUAAAUUGAAAGAAGAAGGAUUGCUCUUUCUCUGGAAUAGCAUUUGCAGAACGAAAGCCGUGUACCAGGAAGGGUUUUUUGCCGUUGAAAAAUGGCAAAAUUGAUAGUCGCGAUAAAACUGUUUAAGAGGGUGAUUUUGAAAAAUAAUUAAAAAUUCAGACUGGAAUCUUUUGAAAUUAUAGCAACGUUUUCAUACAAAGGAAGGGUCAUAAAAUCAUCUUAUAUCGCAAUAGUCAUGGUAUUUGUUUCCGUUUCUAUUCAUCAUGCGAGGAUGCGAAGCGCAUUUUUCGGUGGUUUGAGGGCCUCUCGGAGGUGAAAAUUCAAAAAAAUUAUUAUUUUGAAAAAUAUCAAUCACAAGAAACUGAAUCUUGUAUUUUCUAAAAUAGUUUCAUAAGGGCUUUAAUGUGACAAAGUUUGGGAGAUUUCGAUUUUUCCAUCUUGCACACCUAUCCGUGGUAUUUACAGAAAGUCGCUCUUAAUUUAACGGGCAUUUUGUAAUUUCCUAAUUUGGCUGAAUUUUGUGACACAGCUCCUUUAAUGGAGGAUAAGCCUGUAAAAGUGCGUCUUCACUUCUUUAAUUCAACGGUCACAGCGAACUCGAAACUGGACUAUUAUAUUUGGGAACUCAAAGCUUAUCCUAAUGUCUUAGUUCAGGACUCUGAAAACGAAAUACAGUGUCAUUAAGUCUGUAACGUUUUUAAUAUUUACCUCAGUUUAUCACUAGAAAGUGAAAUUAUAAUCUUUUAACAAGGUUUAGUUUGUUCCGAAAUUAGUAGUGCAAGAAUAAUUAUCCGUCCUAUCAUUCCUGAUCCAUUCUAUGCAGAGUGAUGUUUGAACUGUAUGCUCCCAUACACAUUAUUUAUUUAUACUCGAAACGAGCUUGCUAAGCAUUUAGCUUAAGUAGCUAAUGCGUCUGUUUUAAAAGAGAAAUACAAUUAAAUUAGUUAAAACAAAAUAAUCAAGACUAUAUCAACUAUUUACAUGGCUAAAAACUAUAGGAUAAUUGUAAAAACUGUUAUUAGUUACGUGAUAAAAGAACUGAGAAUAGGGGAAAUGGAAAAAUCAAAAAAACAUUGUCCAAAACUGGUUGGUGCUACAUAGGUAACAGUAACAUAUAUGCGUCAAAGUAUGUAACUGUAUGAAUAAAUAUUGUCUUAAAGUGUCUUAAUAUUAAAGCAUUGAAGCUUUCCACUGUUUCUCCUAAUGUCUAGAAAUAAAGAAAUUGUUGCCAUACACAGUCAAAAGUUCCAAAGCUUUAAUAAUAAGCAGAGAUCUUUAUAGAAGAGUUAUUCUUACAAGGUCAAGAAUGCGUUAGCAUUCACAGUCCGGUCAAAUAUCCUUCGAUCGUUUAAGUUAGUGACUUCCGUAUUAUCCUUUUUCUGUCUUAGGCACAUUCUUGUGAUACGAUGCAACACCAUUAUUUCUAUAAAAUCCCGUUUUUAUACCUUGUCAAAUAUGUUAACAGAAAUAAUUCGUUUCUUGUCAUAAUAAGGCUCCCUUCUAGCUACUUCUGUAUUCUUCUUAUUCUUUUCGACAAUAUCGUUAGAUGUGAUAUUACUGAAUAUGACAUUGGAAAAAUUUUUUUUGAUUUUGAUUUGUGUCAUUAGUAGCCCUUCAUUAUUGUAUUUGGUGCAGAAUACCGGAUGAAAAUAACAUCGUUUCUGUUGUGAACUGCAUUCGCAGUAAGACAUUUACCUCUAGUUCAGAAAAAUUGAUAAAUACUCUUAUUAACAAGCAUGCAGUACCGUUUUAUGUGAAUGGUAGAUGAUUGAAGCUGAAACGGUAACAUGCCUAAAUUUUUUUGCCUAUUUUUUUGAAGUUACUAUUAAGAACGAAUGACACUUAAAAGAAGAAUAAAUGACACAUUUUCUCACCAAAUGCUCUCAGAUAAUUAGCAAACGAUCACCUUGCACAUCACUAGCUCUUCUUAAGACUUACGAGUUGUCAGAAGUUUUUGACAUUUCAUUUCGGUUUUGCCGGCUUUGCAAUAACUAUACAAACACACCAGUAUGUGACCCUCGUCCACUAGGAAGUUCCGUGACCGACUUCAAUGUACAAUCUAGUAUUUAAAACUUAAGAAAAGCGACUUUUGUCUCAAAAGACAGCAACUACUUCGUUCAUUGUUGGAAACCUUUUUUGCAUCGUGAUUGCAUCAUAAACAUCCUUUACAACUGCUUGAAACCUUAAGUGAAACCGCCUCAACUGCUGAAACUACGGUAUACGAUUAAUUAGACGUGAUUCAAUCGUAAACUCUAACCAGCCUUGAUAUUUUGAUCUGACCGGCAUCAAAAAUGGUUGGAAGUGCUCUCGUGGAAGUAUGUGGAAGUAUAAUUUUUGGAUUGACACGCAGUGUAGCUGAACAUUACGACCCAAACUGCGUCGAGUUUGAUCCAGAAACUUUCGGUUUUCAUCCUAUGGAAAACACGGGCUUAGAAUGGAACAGUCAUCCCGUUGACGAAUUUAUUUUCCAAGAGUACGGUGACAGAGAAGUCCGCAGAAGUGCUGUUCAACGCAUUACAGACGCCUGCUCAACAGAAGACAAUGAUGACUUACAGGAUGAACAAGAAAAAAGCGCAAUGGAAUGGAAGAAAUUCAGACCUUCGAAAAUACGUACACUUUGGCAUUCAAUGCACUUUGGUUUCCUUAUUUCCAUAUUGGCUGCGACCCUGAUUGGAACGUCCUCUAUUUUUGUGUAUUAUGUUGCCUAUCAAGUCAUAUUGGUUUGCCUGGCUCGACCGAAGGACUCCGUACCAGCAAACAUCCAGUGGUCGAAAACCAUUUCUGUGUGCAUAGCAAUCAUUUUUGAUCAUCUUUGGUUUUUUGCUAAUACUUUAUUUUUCUUUAGAUCCUAUCAAAUCAUAGGACUGAAAAGGAAACUUUUCCUGGUAUCGGUCUUUUUUUGCGUUUUAGAUGCUGCUUAUCGCAUUGCUCUUCAGGCCCUCGGUAUUUCUUCAUCACAGUUAACGCGUGUGCAAAGAAUCCCUGGAAAUGUUUUAUUUUCGUUUAGUAUCGGCGUGCAAUCCUGGGUUCUUGCUAGGCAUUUUUUUCGAGCUGUCGUCGGACCAAGAAAACUAACGUUUCUGUGGAUGAUAGGAUCUUGCGCUUUGACUUUUACUGUAGCUAUACUGGUUUCUUACUUCAUUUAUCCAGCGUAUAACAAGCAAGACAAAACAGGUAAAAUCUAUAUUGCUGUGUUCACCCCUCUGAUAACGGUUGUUUUGAAAGGUUCAUCACGCCUUUGUGUGCAGCGUUUAUGGAGAAUAAGUCAUCCAGGAACGUCAUUUCUGUUGCUUGCCGGUGCCGCUCUAUUAUGGGUCGGCUGUCAUGUUAAGAGUUUUGCAAGUGGAUCUGAAUACUUUAAAAUCCGUGGCUUUGAUCGGAAUAAUCCAUGGUAUUGCAGAGGUUAUAGAGAGAAGCAUCGUUGUAUUGAUUGA